AUAAUAAGAGAGAGAGAGAGAGAGAGAGAGAGAGAGAGAGAGAGAAGAAUUUUGCUGAAUCAAUCAAGUGGGUAUUGUGAUUCUUCCUAGUCUUUGCUUGUAUUUGCAGUCCUCUCUCUCUGUCUCUUUCUCUUUCUACCAUUUUCAUUUGCAGAGUUGAUAUCUCUUUUUUGGGUGUCUUAGCCUUUUCUUCACCCUGGAUUAUUUCUGUUCUUUUAAUUUCUUUUUUACUAAUUAUGAAUUUUGCUCCCAUCUUAGCUUUGUCUGUCACAGUAAUCAUCACUCUCCUGUCCACUCUUAUCGAAUACUGAAAUCUCCCCUUCAAUUUUCCUCCCCAUGCUGCAUCUUUAUAUACCCAUAAAUAGAUAUACCCAGAAAAGCAGAAGAUUAUUUGUUAGUGAAGAGGUUAAUUUAGAGGAAAACCAUCUUAUUGUAUCUCUUCUUUUCUUUUCCCUCUUUUGCAUGGCCUUAUUAUUACCCUUGAGUCUCCACUGCUAUAUCUCUUGAUCGGUUAAUUUUCAAGAGAAAGAGAAAGAGAUAAUAUAUAUAUAUAUGUGUGUGUGUGUGUGUGUGUGUGUGUAUGAUCUGAAUUAUAUUGCAGGAUUGCUCAGACAAGCAAUCCAUGGGUAGAUAGCGACUUGGAGAAUAACCCAUCAUCAUCAUCAUCAUCUCUUCACGAGAUUUUGCUUUUCAUACCCAAUGAAUGAUGCCUUUCUGUAUCUAUAUGUCACUGCCACCUGUUGCUCCAUAAACCUCUGUUUAGACCAGAGUUGGGAUUCUCUCAAGCUAGCGUUAAAAGUAUUCUAGCUACAAUACAUAACACAUCAAACAAACUGAGAUAUUAUAUCAUCACAUAACAACAGUAGGGUGUUUUUCUUUCUUUCCUUUUCUUGGUUUUUCUUGCUUGGAGUUUUCUUCUUCACAGACAUGUUCCCUGCACUUAUGUCCAAUUCAACUUCUCUCUCUGAGGAAGGUACUAGUGUUGGGUUAAACUUAAACCCAAACCCAGUGGUUUCCACCAUCUGUGCUCAGAAGAUCAAGAAGAAGAGAAGCCUUCCGGGUAACCCAGACCCAGAUGCAGAAGUGAUAGCUUUAUCCCCAAAGACCCUAUUGGCUACUAAUAGAUUCGUGUGUGAGAUCUGCAACAAAGGAUUUCAGAGAGAUCAGAAUCUUCAGCUUCACAGGAGAGGUCAUAACCUUCCAUGGAAGCUCAAGCAGAGAAACAGUAAAGAGAUUAAGAAGAGAGCCUAUGUCUGCCCAGAACCUACUUGUGUACACCAUCAUCCAUCUAGGGCUCUUGGUGAUCUUACAGGUAUCAAGAAACAUUAUUGCAGAAAACAUGGGGAGAAGAAGUGGAAAUGUGAAAAAUGCUCAAAGAUUUAUGCAGUUCAAUCAGAUUGGAAAGCUCAUUCUAAAACCUGCGGAACUAGAGAAUAUAGAUGUGACUGUGGAACCCUUUUCUCCAGGAAGGAUAGUUUCAUAACUCACAGGGCAUUCUGCGAUGCAUUAGCUGAAGAAAGUGCAAGACUUUCUGCAAAUCCCACCACUACCACCACCAACCCUAACUCUUCUUCCGCUCUCUUCACUUACCCAUCUCACAUCUCCCUCUCCCCCUGGGAUCCACCUCAAAACCCUAAUCCUAAUCCCGUCAAGCUUGAAUCCCUCCCCUUUCACAUCCCACCUCCACCUUCACUACCUUUCUUCCAACCCACCACCAACCCAGCCCCUCUCAUUUCCUCACCCUUCCCUCUCCUCCAACCCACCUCCUCCGCCGCCCUCUCUGCCACUGCUCUCCUCCAAAAAGCUGCCACAGUCGGUGCUACUGCUACAACACACCAGCCAUCGAGUCAUCACGUGUUGACUCAGCCGCAGCAUGGACAACUAAACAGCAGGAUGAGCGGAGUCGCGGAGUUUGGCCACGUCGACUCGCUGAGUGAUAUAUCGCCGGAGUACCAGCUGAGCGGGUUUAGUUCCGGGAAUCUAGCCACGUGGCAUAAAUCUGACCGUCUGACAAGGGACUUCCUUGGACUUCGAGGUCCCCAGCAUGAGAUUAAGGGAAAUAGCGGGAAUGUUAACGUUAGCAUAAGUGCGAGGGAACUGUUAACGUACGCAGGAGGCGCACAUCAGUUCCCACUGCCAGCGUACCACAGAGACCAGUCAACGUCGUCGUUUUUGAGGCCUCAAGGUUUGGGGUUCGCCGAGCCUGCUGCUGCUGCUUCUUCCCAGGCCUGGGAACACUGCUAAUCGGAGAACACUGUUGUGCGAUGCGAAAUGACCGAACUACCCUUCCGUCCCUAAAUGCAAAUAUUGUACUCUCGCCGAGGCCAAAUUCUAAUAUGGGAAGAAUUCAGAACCUCCAUGUAUGUAAUUUUUCUACUUUUCGGGGGUGAAUUUAGAAUUUCAUAAA